UAUCGCUUUUUACCGGCAUUUCUGCAACAUUUGGCUUGGAUUUGGAUUUAAUUGUAUUUUUCACAAAAUAAAUAACUUGUAAAAAUGACGGACACGAAUGGACCCGCUGUGCGCAUGCCUUGGGUGGAGAAAUAUCGUCCCAGUGGUUUAGAUGAUUUGAUAUCUCACGAGGAGAUAAUAUCAACAAUAACCCGCUUUAUAAGCCGCAAGCAGCUGCCCCAUUUACUCUUCUAUGGUCCACCUGGCACGGGCAAGACGAGCACAAUUCUGGCCUGUGCCCGUCAACUUUACUCGCCGCAGCAGUUCAAGUCCAUGGUUUUGGAGCUCAAUGCCUCGGAUGACCGAGGAAUUGGCAUUGUGCGGGGUCAGAUCCUCAACUUUGCCUCCACGCGAACCAUCUUCUGCGACACCUUCAAACUGAUCAUUCUGGACGAGGCCGAUGCCAUGACCAACGAUGCCCAGAACGCCCUGCGUCGCAUCAUUGAGAAAUAUACGGACAAUGUGCGCUUUUGUGUGAUUUGCAAUUAUCUCAGCAAAAUCAUUCCGGCCCUGCAGUCGCGUUGCACCCGCUUCCGAUUCGCCCCAUUAUCCCAGGACCAGAUGAUGCCCCGACUGGAGAAAAUCAUUGAGGCUGAGGCUGUUCAAAUAACUGAGGAUGGAAAGCGGGCCCUUCUAACUCUGGCCAAGGGCGAUAUGAGAAAGGUUCUGAACGUUCUGCAAAGUACCGUGAUGGCAUUCGACAAGGUCAACGAGGAUAAUGUCUAUAUGUGCGUGGGCUACCCGUUGAGACAGGAUAUAGAGCAGAUUUUGAAGGCCUUGCUAUCUGGCAACAGCUUGGAGGACUCGUUUAAAACUGUGGAAAGUGCAAAGUAUGCCAGAGGUCUCGCGUUGGAAGACAUCAUAACAGAACUGCAUUUGUUUGUCAUGAGACUUGAAUUGCCAAUGUCGGUUAUGAACAAGCUUAUUGUGAAGCUGGCCCAAAUCGAAGAAAGAUUGGCCAAAGGAUGCACGGAAGUUGCUCAAACGGCAGCGCUGGUGGCCGCCUUCUUCAUCUGCCGCGAUAUGGUUUCAAUGGAGAAGUAA